AUGGAGGGUGUUUCGUACCAGAGGUUCCCGAAGAUCAAAAUCCGCACGGUUAGGGACGAUUUCAUGAAGUUCGAGCUGCGCGACACCGACCCCAGCAUCGCCAACGCCCUCCGCCGCGUCAUGAUCGCCGAGGUCCCCACUAUCGCCAUCGAUUUGGUCGAAAUCGAGGUCAACUCCUCCGUCCUCAACGAUGAGUUCAUCGCCCACCGGCUGGGGCUUAUUCCCCUCACCAGCGAGCGCGCAAUGGCCAUGCGCUUCUCGCGCGACUGUGACGCCUGCGACGGAGACGGCCAGUGCGAGUACUGCUCCGUCGAGUUCCAUCUGCGUGCCAAGUGCAUCAACGACCAGACGCUUGAUGUUACCUCUAAGGACCUCUACAGCUCCGACCACACCGUUGUUCCAGUUGAUUUCUCUGACUCCUCGUCCGGGGUUGAAAACACGGAUAAUAGGGGAAUCAUCAUUGUUAAGCUACGCCGUGGUCAGGAGCUGAACUUACGAGCCAUAGCUCGGAAAGGAAUUGGCAAAGAUCAUGCAAAAUGGUCACCUGCUGCAACUGUCACUUUCAUGUAUGAGCCCGAGAUUUAUAUCAAUGAAGAGCUGAUGGAAACCUUAACACUCGAGGAGAAAAAGGAAUUUGUUGAAAGCAGCCCUACAAAAGUUUUCGAGAUUAAUCCCAAUACCCAACAGGUUUAUGUUCAUGAUGCUGAGGCAUAUACGUAUGACGAUGAGGUGCUGAAGAAAGCUGAGGCCAUGGGAAAACCAGGUCUGGUUGAAAUCAACGCAAAGGAAGAUAGCUUCAUCUUCACGGUCGAGACAACUGGCGCAAUCAAGGCAUCUCAGCUGUUGAUCAAUGCCAUAGAGGUGUUGAAGCAGAAAUUGGAUGCUGUCCGUUUAUCUGCUGACACGGUUGAAGCUGAUGAGCAAUUUGGGGAAUUGGGAGCUCACAUGCGUGGCGGUUGA